AUGGCCCACACUCUCCCUGUUCUCCCCUAUGCCUACGAUGCUCUUGAGCCCGUGAUCUCCAAGCAGAUCAUGGAGCUGCACCACCAGAAGCAUCACCAGACUUACGUCAACAACCUGAACGCCGCUCUGUCUUCCCAGGUUGGAGCGACUCAGGCAAAUGAUGUCCCGACCCUGAUCUCCCUGCAGCAGAAGAUUCGCUUCAACGGCGGCGGUCACAUCAACCACUCCCUCUUCUGGAAGAACCUCACCCCACCCGGAACUCCAGGCAACGACCUGGCCGGUGCUGCUCCUUCUCUCAAGGAAGCAAUUGUCUCCCGUUGGGGGUCUGAGGACGCCUUCAAAAAGGCAUUCGGAGCCGCUCUUCUCGGUAUCCAGGGCAGCGGCUGGGGCUGGCUCGUCAGCACUGGCGGACCCAAGAGCCGUCUCGACAUUACCACCACAAAGGAUCAGGAUCCUGUCUCGGCUGAGGAUGUGCCUGUCUUUGGUGUUGACAUGUGGGAGCAUGCGUACUAUCUCCAAUACCUGAACAACAAGGCUGGCUACAUUGAGGGAAUCUGGAAGAUCAUCAACUGGGCUGAGGCGGAGAAGCGCUACAAGGCCGGUGUUGAGAACCCUGUCAAGCUGUAA